UUCAUUGGAGCACGCAAAGGAGAUGCUAGUGCUUCAGCUGAGCAACAACAGCCUGCAGGGCAAACUGCCCAGCAACAUGACCAUGCAGACGAUAGAUCUCCGUGGAAACAGCUUGAGCGGGAGGAUUCCAGCUUCUUUGAGUGGUUUCACAGGCACCAAAUCUGCCAAAUCCAACGUUGCUGGGACGAGCUUGAAGCUAGCAGCAGGGAUAAAAACAUGUGGUUGCAUCGACAACACUUUUAUCCUACAAGGAAUCUCUUUGGAAGAAAUGGAGAGCCUACUUUCUGCCAAGAGCGGUGGCUGCAAAUGCUCCAUAAGUUUCCUUCCAGCAAGCUUUUAUGGUUUCUCCACCACCAGCCCUGCGUUCAUCGAUGUUUCAUUUAACAGACUGGUGGGAGACAUCCCGCGGGAGCUUGGGAGCAUGCAGGACGCCAAUUACCUCAGUGUUGCACAUAACUUCCUGUCCGGAACAAUCCCCGUGGAGCUCGGGUAUCUCAAGAAAAUGAUAGGGAUGGACUUGUCAUUCAAUGAUCUCCAAGGAAGCAUUCCAAGCUCGUUUUCGUCUCUCCAGUCCCUCACAGGGUUGAAUGUGUCGCAUAACAACUUGUCCGGUCCAAUUCCACAGGGUGGUCAGCUUUGGACACUUGAUCCGAGCAGCUAUGCUGGAAAUGCCGGUCUGUGUGGUUUCCCUCUAGCAUCAUGCAUCACAUCACCACCAACAGCAACGAAUCGUGCUGACCAUGGCGAUGGCGAUGGUGGAUUGGGAGCAGUUCUUGCGGUGAGCUUUGCAAUUGGGGUGCUGGUCUCGGUUAUCUCCUGUACAAUGGUAGUCACCAUUGAUAGUAGGAAACGCUUUGUGGAGAGAGCUUGCUAUGGAUGAUGGACACACCGAAUAAAAAAGAGAGCCCUCAGACUAAGGCCAUGUUUUCUCCACA